AUGAACAAAUUAGUGACAGCCUUUCUAUCCUUCCAGUUUGCGUCCAUUAUUGAUGCUAUGUACGAUUGCCCUCGCCCGUCGUGUGAUACAUGCCUCUCUACGCAGAUCCAUGAUGCCCCCGGGAUCGGCUUUGAUCUGACCCCCUCAUAUGGAACAGCCUCGGUACAUUACUACAACGGGACUAUCAUAGAAGUAGCUCAUAUCCAGGGAAAUUCUGAAUACCUAGACCUUAUGAGACGACUUACAGGCGAAGAACCCAGGCGACAGUCAGACAGGACCAAGCAAUCUCUCUAUGAGAUCAUCAUAUCACGCUUCUCUCUAUCUGAUACGACUGCAUGGGGCGCUUGGUGGCGUUGGCUCAACAAGAACCUUGGUCGCCCGAUCAAAGCGCACAGCGACAUUGAAAUCAUCAGCGCUUUACUUCAACAACUCAGAGUUUCUACCGAAAAGGAGAUAUCUCAACCACUUGAUAGGGUUGCCGUUGUAACUCCUGAUAUCAGCUCGAUUAGUUCAACAGUCAACGCCGCACUCGGGGACCUCAACCUGCGCACAUGGGUGGGUGAUAGCGGCUAUUACCCCAAUCCCCUAGUGCAGGCCGAUGCUAUUUAUGCAGCACAUGGAUUUGGACUUUGCGUGAACUAUAAGGAUCUUUGGGAGUGCGAAGACGAGUUUUAUAUCUCACCCUUUGAUAUUGAUACCUUGCCCUAUGUCGAUGUCUUUACUAUCUUCUACAGUCGACAUCUUCUAUAUACCAGCAUUAUUGCCCCUGUCGGAGGUGAGGCUUUAACUCGAUUCACUUGGGAUGAAGCGCAGCUUCUGGAUUUUGAGGUCGGACUAGAUCAUCUUCUCCAGACAAACGAGUCACAGCAGGAUGCCCUAUGGUCCCACCUUCGAUCGCAGCUAUUGAUCCUUCCUCGAGAAUACCCCCGUUCUCUUACUCAUAUUCUUUUGGCUGGGGAGAGUGUAACCCACCCUCGCUUUCUAGCUACUUUGAAAGAUGCCUUGGCUGAAAUGAUGCCCAUUUUGCCGGUGAAUCUUCAACGGAAUAUCUCAGAAUCAGAUCAUGCGGGUCCUGCUAUCGUCUCCACGGCCAUUAAUCCAACAUUCGCAGCCUCUCGAGGUGCAGCACUAUUUGCCCGACGACGACAAGAGGUACAGGCCGACUGUACUGAGCGCUCAAAUUGUGAAGCGAUGAGGGAAAGAGAGCGAGUCGGACUUUUUCCGAAAGAAGAUCUUCGUUAA